GAAAGGAAUGAAACAACCUAAAGUAGGCAUGGAUCAGCAGGGGUGGGUGAAAACGAAAGAGGAGCAGAAGAGUGUGGAUACUUUCACGUCUCUGACCAAAGACUUCUGUGGUUAUACAUCCGCGCAUGGCUUUGAGAGGAUCAUGUCCUCAAAACAGUGGAUUCGCAAGGCGUUCUGGAGUUUGUUGUUUAUUGCAGCCAUCGUGGUGCUGUGCUUUCAGGUUUUGACACUUUUUGAGAAAUACCAGAGUAGACCGCUGGUCACACUCGUGUCACUGCAGUCUGACACGGUAAGGAUUAAGAGCUAAGUGGAUAUUAAGUUACAAGAAUAAGAAUUGGUGGAGACAUAAAAUGAUCUCAACUUAAGCGAUAGUAGCAAACAGUCUUGUUGUGCGCAGUCAUUCUCAAGCUGAGAAUUUAUGAUCAUGGAAUAUGUCAACUUGAAAUGUUCCUACAUUGUUAUCUUCCGUCUCAUAAUUCCAUUUUCAGCUUUCAUUGGUAUUCCGUGGACUAGCUUCGGUUGUUUAUCAUUGAUAUCAUGUUCAUAUAAUUCCUAAUUAAAAACGAUACACCAGCUCCAGGCAUUCAGCGGAAGAGCGAAAAGAAUUUAGCAAGGGAUCAAAAGAAAGUUCCGUUACUCUAUUAUAACCCGUGCCUUUUUUCAAUGCUCUAAGUUUUGCAAAAUUUGAUGUUCAUUACUUUAAAACUAAUUUUUUUCCAGAGCCUUCCAUUCCCCACCGUCACAUUAUGCAACUUCAAUGCUAUCAAGUACGACGCACUUGAGGAAAGUAACUUCACUGACCUCCUCGACACGAUUAAAAAGCAAAGUAAUACUUUAAGUCAAUUAAUACAUAGAGUUUCAUAGCAAAGAAAAGAAAAAUGAAAUAUAGUCUAACUUGGUCAUAUAUAUCCACAAGUACAAAGGAAAACGAUUUCUCCUCUGAAAACUCUGUCGUGCUUGCCGACAAAUCAAAGAAGAUUUUCAUCACUUCAUUGGAGUUUGCUAACAACUCUAAGAAGUUUGUUGACAUCUCAUAGGAGUUUUCCAACAACUCUGAGGAUUUAACCGACAACUUAAAGGAGUUCGAUAACAACUCGUAGAAGUUUGACAACAAUUUAGAGUAGUUUUUCGACAAUUUAGAAGAGUUUUGCAACAUCUCAUAGUGAUUUGCUGGUAAUUAUGAGGAGUUUGCAGACAACCCAGAAAGGUUCCUGACCGGCAACUGAACGGUUCCUGUCCGGCAACUGAAAGGAGUAUACCUCUAGUUGGUGUAAUGCCUGGCAAAGAUGCAUAUUCUGUAAUCGCUUUCCAUUGUGUAAGAUGCCUUUCUUUGAAAUUCUUUUCUCUCACAUUUUGGCGUGAAGGGACGGUGAGUUUUUCCAUUCUCUUAUGAAACACUAACUCAUGCCUCCUAUUGAUGUUUAGAUUCGUCGUCGAACUCCACUUCCUCUCGAGCAAACGAUGAUGCAGUGCCAACCACGUACGGUCCAACCCCAACAGACUUUUACUCAGAUUACGAUGAAGAUUUUGAUUACUGGGGAGACGACGACGUGGAAGAUCCAGAAAAUCUUGAUGAAGAAUAUUUCGCAAGUGAAAAAGUUUCUCUUUUGUUGGCUGGAAAAGACGAAGAUUAUCUUUCAAAUUUGGGUCAUCAGUUCGAAGACAUGAUUUUGUCCUGCACUUAUCGUGGUGUUUCUUGCAGGUAAUUGUAGCAUGCCACGUGAAUUAUGUAAGUAAAACCUUAGACUGCUCAGAAAUUUGUGAUCUAACAAGACUUUCAUGGCUCAGCUGUGUUCUCACAUAAGAAUUCUUAAAUCUGAAUGUUGCGUAAAUUGUUGAAGGCGACUCAAGUCCCAGAGGAAAAUGCACCUUUAACUGGAUUAACUUGUACACUUUGAAAUGAUAUGAUGUUAGUCUUUUUUAUUGUCUCUCCCCUUAGCAAUUUCACAGGAAAUUUCUGGACCAAAUUUUGGCACUACAAGUACGGCAAUUGCUUCCUUUUUAACAGCGGCCUAACAAGCUCGGGAUCUAAUAGCCCCGUGAUUAAGUCCAACAAAGCUGGGCCCACACAUGGUAAGUGACUCCCUUUUCCAGUUUGCUCAAGAUUCGUGGUCUUUGGAGCAGACAAGUAGUUGCUUUGUCCGUGCGUCACUCAGUCAGUCAGCCGUCCCAUUCCUAGGUCAGUCACUGACGCGUCAGUGAGUUAGUGAGUCAGUUGAUGAAACACUUUCUUAGUCUAUCAGUACUUAGAGUAUAACCUCUGUUAAAUUAGAUAAUUUGGUUAUAUAGACUAAGUUGAUAAUGUAAAUUGGCCGUCGUAAAGAAAUUACAAAGCGGACGUUUCAAGUAUUAGCCCUUCGUUAGAGCUAAUUACAAAGGACGAACGCUCGAAAUGCCAGCUUUAGAAUCUCCAUAGGGCGGUCAAUUUAUUUUACCAAAUCUGUUAAUAAAAUCAAAUUGUCUUGUUAUACACUUCCCACCGACGAAGCAUCACGGUUUCUUCCCCCUUUAUUCAUCGGACCAAAUCACGAAGCUAUUGAUAUGGCUCAGUUACCAAGCUACAAUUUGUAACCAUAUUUUCUCUUAAUUUAGGGCUAAAUCUUGAGAUAAACGUGGAACAAGACCAGUACCUCAAUCAAUUAACACCAGAAGCUGGUAUCAGACUUGAUAUUUCAAGUCAGGGAUAUAUGCCAUUUCCAAUGGAGAGAGGCUUAAGCAUACCUGUUGGGUUCGCCACGUCAAUUGGUUUGAGAAAGGUAAACUAAUUCUACGAUGGAGGAGACAUUUCUGAGUCGUUGCUCCAAGAUGUAUCGGUGUAAGGUUAUUAGCGGAAGAUGCCUUUGCUCUCUUAUUUUCGCAAAGUGAAUGUGACGUAGAUGCUAAGCGAUGAGACUUUGUCAGGCAUUUUCUUGUCGAUACAAAAAAAUUACAACGGGUUAGUUAAUUGGCGUUUGUUUGUUCGUCUCUUAAAACUUCUUUCUAUGUGCUGUUUUCUAAAACCUGUUUUCUAUGUGCUAGGUCAUGAUCGAAAGACAGGAUCCAUUCAAUAACAAUCGAUGUCAUAAAAACUCCUCAAUUGACAAGUCGAACUUGUACACCAGAAUGUUUAACGCCACAUACUCAUCAACCGUAAGUGAGAGCUGAUAUCAAUUGGUGUCCUUCCCUCUCAGUUAAUUUCUACUUUUGGUUUUUGAGCUUGCCAACAGUGGACCGCUUGAGUUCAGUAUAUCAUUCGUGGCGCAAAUGUGAAAUCAGGCACAUCUCGUCGAUGUGGGAAUUUGGACUGGGCUAUGACGUGUGUGGGGGGGCGGGGGGUGCUAUUAAUAUUCGUCCUUUCUGAAGGCUAUAUUCAAUUCCUCUUCAGAAAACGAGAUAAAAUGACCAAUCAUCAUCUACAGCUGAAACAAAUCAGCACACAAACUAGCAGUAAAGUAAUAAGCCAGACCAAUUGUGACAGCUUUAGAGGAAGAAUCAUUACAGGUUGAAUCAAUCCUUGAUUGAGAGCAUAAUUUUGUCUUACGUUUUUCACUCAAUUUAAAGACUUAACUCUUUCCUAGCCCAGUGUGCCAUACUAUUCUAACGAUGUUGGUUCGAAGAAUUUGGUAUUGGAUCAAUCAAUAAUCACCUAACUUAUUUGUUUCUUGAUUCUCAAAUCCUUUCUGCUCGAUUUUGUAUUGAUAUUUUGAGGACAAAUUCUGUCUUGGUCACACAUGGGGGUGAGAGAGUUAAUGUUACUUUGUCAUGGAAUAAAGUGAUCUCCCUUUUUCAAUCUCAGGCCUGUAAGGAGUCAUGCUUAGCCGACAAUCAGUUUUUACAGUGUGGAUGUAUGGAGUACAGAUUUCCUGUGGACAAAAAUCCAGUUUGUGAUAUUACCAAUAAAACCACUAGUAAGUUCACACUUCUGAUGGUCUGUUACACAAUAAUAACGUUUUAAUUCAGUUUCCCUUUUAAGUUUUUUUUUCAUGAUGUCUUCUACAAUCACUUGAUCUUUUCCAGCAGCACAAUUAUCUGCGAAGGAAUUAGAACAUUAAACUAUACUUGAAACUGAAGCGGGUAGAAAAAGAGCAAUCUUUUUGGCUUUGUUUCACAGUGUUGCUAUUUUUUCAUCUGCAGUUGGCUGUCUCAACAAGUUACAGAAGCAGUACCGGGACAACAAACUAAAUUGCAGCAGCUCUUGUCCCCCUCCAUGCAGGUAUAAUGAAAUCUAUUCUGUGAAAAUUAAAUCUGUCGUAAUUUUCGUUAGCUUAUCAUUUUCACUUGUCACUUUUUUAAAUGCGAUGGUAAAUUUUCCUCAGAAAUUAACUUUGAAAUAUUCAUUAUUAAUUUUCUUACAGCCAGGAAGAGUUCAAGAUAAGUACAUCGCUUGCUGUUUGGCCUUCGGAAAAUUACGAGGUUGCUAAUUGCAGUUUGUGAUUUUAGGUGUUUAAAAAGUGGCCGGACCAAAAUUUAUAAAGGUAAACGAACUAAAUUGAUUUGUUUUUCCAGGUAUUCUACCAAGAUGAGCUCGAGAAGCGCGGGAAAUUCGUUUGGUCAGAUUUUGACUCUCUCAGGUGAGGAAUAGUCUCCCGCAAAAGUUCCUGUAAGAUAGCAGCCUGGUUUAUAAUGUUCUUCAAAUUGCAUGUUAGGUACGGCGAGACGAUUAUAGACAUUGAUGCAAAUUUUCUGACAUUCAAUAUUUCUGCAUUAAAUCUACAGGAAAAAUGUGUUGAAGGUACAAAUUUUCUUCGAAGAACUUAAUGUUGAAAUGAUAAAAGAACAAAAAUCAUACGGAGUGAGUAUACUUUUUUCUCAUUUAUUCAUAUUUUUGACGUUUGGUUUGGUAUGCAAUGUUCAUCGUAUCAAGAAAUGAUCCAUUGUCCCUGCUCAACUUCCCCAUUAAGCAUGAAACAAAAGUCCUUUUCGUAUGGGCAGUGCUGAAAAACUUUUUCCGAAACAAUGCGGAAAAGCUCGUAACUGAUCGAGAAAUAAUUGGAAUGAAAAGUUCGCUGCAUUGGGGGAGUGGCUAGUGUAAAUGUACACCAGUAAAAUUGAUCUCCAUUGGUGUACCUCCGGUAAGACAUGACUCUCGAUGAGUGCAUCGAGCCUUAGGUUCGCAAAUUUUAAAAAAAUUUAAGUUAUCUCUAUUGUAGUGACUCAUUAAAACCAACUCUCUCUAUAUGCAAGUCAUGUCGCCUAACAAAAAGUCACGCACUAAAAUACCGUCGAUGUCAAAUGCAGUUGAAAGAGACAAUUUUCUGCACAGAGGCGAUUGAAGACCUUGAUAGUGACACCGAUAGCUUACCCGAGAUCAAAGAUUGCUCUUAUUCAAAAGUCCAUUUUUUUCCCUUGUUUAAACAGAUUGCAGAUUUCGCGUCCGACAUUGGUGGCCAGCUCGGUUUAUGGAUCGGAUUUUCUGUGCUGACAAUAGCCGAGUUCAUUGAGUUUUUUAUGUUGCUGUUUGCUCAUCUUGUCAAAAAAUGCACAUCGCGAGGGAAAGUCGAGUCAGCCUCGUUGGAAUUGAAGGAGACUUAAUCGUAGAGCAAUAAAGAUACCAAGCAUGUGCUAGUUUAAGAUACUCUCGCCAUAUUCUAACACAUGCGUCAAAGAGUUUCAUAUGCUGGGAUGCAGAACAUGCUAAUAUCUGGUUUCAAAACUGCCAAAAAUAAAAUCAAAUUAAGGACGAGGGGCUUUAGAAUAACUACUUGAGCGUAAAGAAAAACAAUAUUUUUCUUUUAAUAAUAUACAUGGAAAAAUUACUCAGUUCUGAUUGGUUAAGAUAAAUGCAGUUUUCAGGUAAUUCGGUGCAGAAGAGGGUUAAUUCAGUGCAAAGAAAGAAACAAAUCAGACAUUCUCAUUGGUCAAUAAUCAAAGAAACUCACAGAUAGCCAAUCAAAUGCGAGCCUUGGAUGUCGCAACAAAAUUUGAAAAUUUGCGAGCGAAACAAUGGCCGGCGUUUUAAGUAGGCUUUCUUUCGCCACCGCAGCUGAUAAACAGCUUAAACAACAAAAACACUGUAAAAAGCACUGGGGGUUUUUGGUUGUCGGUUUGGAAAAAGGGGUGUUUAGGGAAGGGAAUUGCCGAGGAAAUCGAAAAUUACGAGCCGACCCAGCUUAACACUUUGCUCGAGCGAUCCAACGCCGAAAUUAAAAACAAACAAGGUAAAACCUCGGAAACGACGAUUCCAUUUCAUCGAAAGUGAUUCGGACACAGGCUGAACAAUUCCUUGAACUGUUUAGCCGGACUUUGAACGUUUUUGCACCUUAAAGAUGUGAAGAUAUCAUUGCAUAUUAUUGUUUUGAUCGUACGCGGUUGUUUUGACCGAACGCACGGUUUGAAUAAAUUAUUUUUGCACUUGAUGCGCGCGCUUUGCUUAUGUUUAAUUAUGAUAAGCCAUCUCGUAUUUUUCCAUGAAUAUUAUUAACACGUAAUCACAUGAUUUUUCUCGUGCAAUUUGGAAUACACAAGCACUUGUUAAUUUUUAACAAAAUUUAAAAAAAAAUUAACUCAUGCUUAUUUAUUCCAAAUUACACUCGAAAUCAUGUGAUUACCUAUACGAAUAAACUGAAACAGGUAUAUUUGCAUCUUUAGAAAACAAUAUAUUUUAUCCGUAAUCCUACCAUGUAUAAAUGAAGUAGAUAUUGAAAGGGCCGAAGCUGGUUCGAUUUUGAAAUUUUAAGGGGAAAAUAAACCUUAUAUUAAUUUAAAUGACAACAUACUUAAUCAGAGAUUAAAGAGUUAUCGCUAGGCUUAAAGCAGUCAAUAAUAUACAAAAUGAGGCUGAGAUACAUGCGGCUUGUUACUUAUUUUUCGCUGGUAACCUAUUCUACAUACUUUACUAGUUAUUCAAUUUAGCUUUAUUCUCAUGUUAGUCGCGAAUGUUUAAUUAAAGAAAAAAAGCAUCUUAAAACGAAACCACUCUACUUCGUAUUUACAACGUGUAGCUCUUCUUCUUGUUCAACUAUAUUUACUGGCUUUCUA